GUAAAAGGUGGCACAUUUUGGGAUAUGAGAUGACAGGCCAAUGCAUUCCUGAUGUGUCUUAAGCAGAUGUCCUGUUUUGGCAGAACAGUCGUCGUCCCUCCCCCUUGAGCCUGUGCCAUGUUAUUGUGCCCCUCCCAUCCACGCCUGGCCGGAAACAUACCACUUGAGAGUUCCUAAUAUAGACCCGACUGCUUUGGAGGAAAGGGUAACAAACCGACCGGAGCCACCAGCCGUUAACGCUUCGCUGCUUUGACAUCAACUUUUUCAUGGAAACACAACAGAAAUAUGGAGCCUACCUCACAGGUGUCACUCCCAGAAAAGGAAGUAAAGAAACAAGAGGCUGACGGCACAGUCUACAUGAAUUUCAUGAAAAGUCACAGCUGCUACGAUGCCAUUCCAACCAGCUGUAAACUGGUCAUAUUUGAUACCAAACUACAAGUGAAGAAGGCCUUCUAUGCACUGGUGGCAAACGGCUUGAGGGCGGCACCUUUAUGGGACAGCAAGUUACAGAGAUUUGUGGGUAUGCUGACCAUUACAGAUUUCAUCAACAUCCUGCAUUGCUAUUACAAGUCCCCCUUGGUUCAAAUGUACGAGCUGGAGAGCCACAAGAUUGAGACAUGGAGAGAUGUCCACUUGCAGUGUUUCAAUCGCUUCCUCAUUCACACCACUCCAGAAGCCAGUCUUUUUGAUGCCAUCUAUUCGUUACUGAAGAAUAAGAUCCACAGGCUGCCAGUCAUCGACCCAGUGUCUGGAAAUGUCUUGCACAUCCUCACCCACAAAAGAAUCCUCAAGUUCCUCCAUAUAUUUGGGAAAACAGUUCCAAAGCCUGCUUUCAUUGGAAGGCAGAUCCAGGAGCUGAGGAUUGGGACAUUUACUAACAUCGCCACUGUUCAGCAAACUGCCACGCUGUUCGAUGCCCUCUCCAUUUUUGUGAAGAGACGGGUGUCUGCACUACCUGUGGUGGAUGAACAAGGCAGAGUGGUGUCUCUCUACUCAAGAUUUGAUGUGAUUAAUAUAGCAGCCCAGAAGAUUUACAACAAUCUGGACAUGCCUAUGCACGAGGUUGUUCGCAGGCGCUCAUGUUUUGUUGAAGGAGUGAUUAAAUGCUACCCUUAUGAAACCUUGGAAAUCAUCCUAGAUCGUAUAGUCAAAGCUGAGGUCCAUCGGCUGGUUCUGGUGGACAGGUCUGACGUGGUGAGGGGCAUCAUCUCUCUGUCCGACCUGCUGCAGGCCAUGGUGCUCUCCCCUGCAGGUAUUAAUGCCCUUUAUUCCUAGCACCAGGGGCCAGAGGGGCCGUCUCCCCUUUACCAGCUGUGUAGACUUGAGCCCUGGAAGCGUAUCCAGCCAGGUAGGCUCUCGAGCCUUUUACCCAAACCAACCCCCCCUUUUAUACUGUUGCCUUACAAGCAUCCAGAAGCCUUUACCACUGCUUUUAUUGUUAAUUAACAGAACAUCUAAUGGUGCUUUUACAUCCACUCCAAACACAGACAUGCAUGUGCUCUGACUGAUGCCUUGCAAGCAAAUAUCAUUUUUCAGGAAACCCACAGAAAUGGCUUUUGCUCAUUUCUUUCAGAAAUCUAUGUGUGACUGAAAUGAGAGAUCACAUGGGACGAUGAGCUGUUGUUUACACAAAGAUUUCUUUCAUGAUCUGUGUGCUGUGUUCAGGUAACAACAAAGGACAGUGAGCUGACCUUGAUACUACGACUCUCUAUAGGUCUCCAGCAUGAUGUCAAUUUUGGCUGCAUUUGAUCAAAUUGAUCAAUAUGUUUUUAUUUCUGUAAUAAACAUUUGUAUCAAAA